AUGCGAGCGGCAUUUAUACUUCCUCGGAACUCUUCCGUCCCUCGCGUGCUCAAUUGUCGCUCUCAAGCACUUCGACAGCAGCGAUUUACAGCUAGCAGAGGCAUUCGAGCUCACAGCUCCGCUAGCCAGGCUACGACAAAACAGCAGCGCAAUUCUUCACAUUCGGGAUCAUCUUCACAAUCCUCCUUCUGGACACCUGCCCGAGCCUUUCUCGUCUCAGCAUUUGCUGCCGGAGCUGGUUACGGCUUCGCGUCGUACAACCAAGUGCCGCAGCCUGCAAAGAAAGCGAAAUAUGGGUCAAUGAAGGACUUUGAAAAGGCAAUCGCAGAAUUGCGAGCCAUCUUAGGCGAAGAUGCGAUCAACACCGACGAGGAUGACCUUCAGCAACAUGGAUAUUCGGAGUGGUCGACCCUCAAUGCCGAGCGACUUCCAGUGGCCAUCGCAUACCCAACAUCUACCAAGCAAGUUUCCGAAAUUGCGAAGAUCUGCCACAAGUACCGAAUGCCUAUGAUUCCAUACUCCGGUGGAUCUAGCCUAGAGGCGAACUUCUCCGCCCCACACGGCGGCCUGACCAUCGACUUUGCCAUGAUGAACAAAAUCUUGACGAUUCACGAGGAUGACAUGGAUGUUGUUGUGCAACCAUCCAUUCAGUGGAUGGAUCUCAACGAGAAGAUUAAGGAUACAGGACUCUUUUUUCCUGUGGAUCCUGGGCCAUCUGCCAUGAUUGGUGGUAUGGUAGGAACGAACUGCAGCGGUACAAAUGCUGUUCGAUACGGAACAAUGAAGGACUGGGUGAUUAAUCUUACCGUUGUUCUAGCUGACGGUAGCAUUAUCAAGACCCGCAGACGUCCUCGCAAAACUUCAGCUGGGUAUAACCUCACUGGAAUUUUCGUGGGCUCAGAGGGGACGCUGGGAAUAGUGACAGAAGCUACACUGAAACUGGCACCUAUUCCUGAGCUGACAAGAGUUGGAGUUGUGGCAUUCCCUACCAUUCGAGACUGUGCGUCUACAGCAAUGCAGCUUAUCAAAAAAGGCAUCCCCAUUCAGUGUAUGGAGAUUUUGGACGAUGUGCAAAUGGAUGUGAUUAAUCGGGCGGGUGGAACAGGGCGCAUAUGGGCUGUUGCCCCCACAUUAUUCUUCAAAUUCUCUGGAACCACUGCUGGUGUCGCGGAUAGCAUCAAUCUAACCACGAAACUUGCAAAGGGUAACCGUGCCUCGUCAGUGGAAUUUGCCAAAACCGAGGCAGAAGCCCAUGACCUCUGGUCGGCGCGUAAGCAAUCACUUUGGAGUAUGAUGGCUCUUCGUACCGAGGGCUCCGAUGUCUGGUCAACCGAUGUAGCUGUCCCUAUAUCUAGACUGCCUGAAAUUAUCGAAACUUCCAAGAAGGACCUGGAAGACCUCGGUCUAUUUGCCAGCAUUCUCGGACAUAUCGGCGAUGGAAAUUUCCAUGCCAGUAUCAUGUUCGAUCGUCAAGAUCCAGCAGAAAAAGAGCGAGUGGAAAAGGUGGUAUCCGAUAUGGUUGAUCGUGCCCUCGAAAUGGAAGGCUCGUGCACGGGUGAGCACGGAAUUGGACUCGGCAAAAAAGAGUCACUGAAGAAGGAGCUUGGCCUGGAGACGAUAGAUAUUAUGCGCAAUAUUAAACGUUCUCUUGAUCCCCAUUGGCUCUUGAACCCUGGAAAGAUUUUUGAUCUGGAGAAAGACUCUUAA